UUUUUUUACACUGAUUGCUCUUACACACCCAUAAAGGCUGUAAAAGCAAUAAUUUCUCCUUCUCUCUGGCUGCAUUCUUGCAGCCAUUGAGAACUACUAUGUGAGCUGUGAUUGGUCACAGCUUGUCACAUGAUACAAGGCUGUUAUUUCAGAAGUGACAUCUUGCUUACUACUAUUCAUGUGAUCACUGAUUGGCCAAUCAGUGAUCACAUGAUCAGGACCUCACACAGAGGUUACGUA